CUAUGCACCUAUACACUGUACACUAUGCACACUAUGUACAUUAUGCACUAAUAGUGAAUAUUGCAUCUACAUUAGUGGAAUAGUGCACGCGUGUGUGGUUUGGGACGCAGCCAGUGUUUCCUGUAGCCGUGUGCAUCUGUAUUGACCUGUUUCUCCUCUCUCCUGUCCUCCUGUCUCUGUGAACUGUGAAUCUGCAGGCACGUUCAGAAACUCAAAGGGCACUCUGUCGCGCAGCCGGGAAUCCUGUGGCCUGGAGGGAGUUCGGCUGAACGGAAACUACAACAACAGCUAUUCGCUUCACGGAGGGAGCUCGGAUCUCCUCGGGGGCGUUCCUGUAGGAUCAGGGGGCGUGUCUGGAGAAGUAAGCCCCGCCCUUUUGACUCCAAGAGGGGCGGAUACUUCCAGCGGAUUACGGCGGAAUCUUUCUGAUGCAGCGGCGCUGGAGAAAAUGAUCAUCUCUGAGCUGGUACAAAGCAACUUGCGUCCUUCAACCGAUCGCUAUGGAAACGGUACAAAUUCAACAAUGCAUCGGCAAGAUUACGCGACAUCAACAAGUCAUCGAGAGCCUCCGCAGAGGCCGCUGCCCCGCCCACCGCCGCCGCCUCCACAGGACGAGGAGGAGCUUUUAUAUAAAGCCUUAGAAAAGCCACGCCUUUCAGACAAACCACGUCUACCCGAUAAACCCCGCCUUCCUGAUAAGCCCCGCCUUUUGGAGCACGCCCAAUCGGUGUUCUACCAGAGCGAAGAGGACUCGGAGAGCUUCUCGGCGGAGAUUACAGACAAUGUGGGCGGGGCUGGGCCUGACUCCGCCUCUUUGUACGCACGGGACCGCGAUUCAUCCUAUCCCGACAGCAGUCCCGAAGCGCUGACGGUAGAGCCGCACCCCACCCUCCCGCCGGACGAGCUGUACUUCAGCGCAGGACGCCAAGCGCACAUUUCGGCUUUCUACCAGCCUCCGCCCCGGCGGACCAAUGAGGAGGCACGGCUGGGACUGCAGCCCUCGCAGGGGGACGGCGACGGACAGAUGCAGCUGGUGACCAGUCUGUGACUAGGGCGAUGGUGACCGGGACACCAAGAUCUGGAGGAGGACCACCAUGGUGGACAACGUCUGCAUCAGCAUCAAAACACCACGGCGGAUAUCUAGACAACUCUAGAGUGUCUGCUUACUGGACAAAAUCUGAAGAAAUUAAUAUAGUUCCUUCUGAUUUUCUGGUUAGUGUUGAGUAUUGAGUGAGAUCCGUGCAGCAGGAUGAAGCUCAGCAUGAUUAAUUCUGCACACUGCAACAAAAUGAACAUCUCAGUUUAAGAGUUUGACUAGAAAUAUCUCAGAACUCUUAAAUCAGGAAGCAUUUUCUAGACUGGUUUGAAAUUUGAGUCUAGUUUAACACUGGUUUAAGUCUUAAUUCCAGUUGAAAUGUCUAAAAAAAAUUUAUUUAUUGAGGAUAUUAUUGACUUGUUUAAGGUUUUCAGUCUUGAUUCUGCUCUAAAUAUCUAAAAAAUUUCUAAUCUAAAAGUGUUUUCUAGACUCAUUAAAAAUGUUUAGUCUUUAUCCCAGCCGAAAUAUCUAAGAAUUCCUAAACCAAGAAGCAUUUUCGAGACUGGUUUAAGAUUUGAGUCUAGUUUAACACUGGUUUAAGUCUUGAUUCUAGUCUAAAUAUCUAAGAAAUCUUAAAUCAGGAAGCAUCUUAUUGACUAGUUUAAGAUUUUAGUCUUGAUUCUGCUCUAAAUAUCUAAAAAUUCUCUCAUCUAAAAGCAUUUUCUACACUAGUUUCUGAAUUUUAUUCAUGAUUUAUAAAAAAAUAUCUCAGAAUUCUGAAAUCAAGAAACAAUUUCUAGUCUAGUUUGACAUUUGAGUCUAGUUUAAGACUAGUUUGUCUUGAUUUUAGACUAAAUAUCAAAAAAAUAAUCCUAAAUCAGGAAGCAUCUUUUUGUCUAGUUUUGGAUUUUCAGUCUUGAAUCUGCUCUAAACAUCUAAGAAUUCUUAAAUAAGGAAGCAUUUUCUAGACUGGUUUAUGAUUUAAGUCUAGUUUAACACUGGUUUAAGUCUUGAUUCUAGUCUAAAAAUGCAACAAAUCUAAAAUCAGGAACCAUCUUUUGACUAGUUUAAUCUCGCUCCUAGUCGAAAUAUCUAAAACUUCUUAAAUCAGCAAGUAUUUUCUAGACUAGUUUAAGAUGUUUAGUCUUGAUUCUGCUCUAGAUAUCAAAAAAUACUUGAAUCUAGAAGCAUUUUCUAGACUGGUUUAAGAUUUGAGUCUAGUUUAACACUGGUUUAAGUCUUGAUUUUAGCCUAAAUUAAAAAAAAUCUUAAAUUAGGAAGGAUUUUAGUGCCUAGUUUAAAAUUUUCAGUUUUGAUUCUGCUCUAAAUAUCUCAGAAUUCUUAAAUCAGGAAGCAUUUUCAAGACUAGUUUAUGAUUUGAGUCUAGUUUAACACUGGUUUAAGUCUUAAUUCUAGUCGAAAUAUCUAAACAAUCUAAAAUUAGGAAGGAUUUUAUUGACUAGUUUAAGAUUUUCAGUCUUGAUUCUGCUCUAAAUAUAAAAAAAUUCAAAGCAUUUUCUAGACUAUUUUACGAAUUUUAUUCUUCAUUCAAAUCAAAAUAUCUAAAAAUUCUUAAACGAAGAAGCAUUUUCUAGACAAGUUUAAGAUUUUUACUCUUAAUUCUAGUCAAAAUAUCCUCAAAUGCUUAAAGUUCUAAGCAUUUUAUAAGCUAUUUUAAGCUUUGAUUUUAGUUUAAGUCUUGAUUCUAGUCGAAAUAUCUAAACAAUCUAAAAUGAAGUGAUUUUUUAAUUAAAAUAAGCACAAUAAUCUGCCAAUGGGGCCAGCAAAUAAUCUUAUUAAAAAGCGAAAGCAAGAUUAUUCAGCUCACCUCAUUGUCAGAUUAUUUCACUCGCUUAAUCAAUAAACUCUCUUUUUUUUGACUCUUUAUUUCUGAAAACAACACAAUAUUUUCAGCUUGUCUAGAAAAAGCUUCUUGAUUGAAGAGUUUUUAGAUAUGUUGACUCAACAGCAAGUCAAAGACUCUGAGUAAGAGGAGCAUUUUUUGCAGUGUGGGAUUAGAGAGAACGCUCUUCUUCACCUGCUGCUAUUGAAGAUGAUGAUGAUGAUGAUGAUGAUGAAGGCGGUGUCGGCCUCCUCCUCCUCCACGUCUCUGUCUCCUGGUCACCCGAACACCACCCUGCUCAUCUCACUGCCAUUCAAGCACAUCCAUCCUUCUGUCCUUUCUGAGAAGAGUUCUUCUUAUCGGGUAGUUUCUCCUCCAUCCGCACAUCCUCCAUCUCGUCCCUGCUGAGAAGAAAAACAGACCGCUAUGGGGGCAGUUCACUCAGAAAUACACAUUUAAUCAAACUUUGAUUGUCACAAACCUGCUUCUUGGUUUUUCUGUUGAGCACAAAGGAAGAUGUUUUGAAGAAUGUUGGAUUCAGUGACUUUUAUGUUAUUAGUUUUUCCUACUAUUUCAAACAUUCUUCAAACUAUCUUCAUUUGUGUUCAACAGAAGAAGCUAAACAGCGAUAAAUGCUGCGUUUUUGUCUUGUUUCUAGUCCAGAUGUCAAAGAAUUUUUAAAUUAAGAAGCUUUUUUUAGGCAAGCUAAAAUAUUGUUAAAAUGAAGCCAGUUUGACUUUAAAACAAGCUAAAUAAUCUGCCGGUGGGUAAGAAAAAUAUUGUAUUUCAAAGUGAAAACUAGACUGUUUUUCUUACCUCAUUAUCAGAUUAUUUUGCUUGUUUUAAUGAAAAACUCACUUCAUUUUGACUCAUUAUUUCUGAAAGCAUCACAAUCUUUUUAGCUUGUCUAAAAAAAGUUUAUUGAUUUAAGAGUUUUUAGAUAUUUGCACUAAAAACAAGACUAAAAUUCCCAGUAUGCAAGCAGUUUUUGGCAGUGCUCAAACCUGUUUGAGUUUCUUUCUACUGAUGAACACAAAAGAAGAUAGUUUGAAGAAUGUUAGAAACUGGUAACCAUUGACUUCCAUAGUAGGAUAAAGAAAUAUUAUGGAAGUCAGUGGUCUUACUUCUUUAUCAAUAUCUUCUUACUUCUUCUAUCAGCAGAAGUAACAAACUUUUGAAGCCACUGGAUGGAGAGUAAACUGUGAGUAAACGUGUUUUGGGUGAACUAUCCCUUUAAAUCAGACUCUGUCUGGUCUGUGUUUUAUUCCCCGGCAGGAUCUCUUCAUUCAGGGUGGUGUUGUGCAUGAGUGUCAGACGUUUAUCAGAAUGUGACAACACUUUCGCCAGAGACCGCAGCUCUUUUACAUGCCAAAAAAAA